GUCUGCUUGCGUAGGUACCACUGCCGUGAUUUGCAGGUGGGCCGUGACAGAUGUCUCCAAGCUUCCAAGCUUCCAGCCUGACUGGAGGACUCCCUGGCAGCCGCAGCAGCACCGGAGCCGCGGCCCGCUGGCAGACGCAUGGCAACUGUUGCUCCAGUGCUGUGCAGCGCAGUGAGUGUCGCCUACGUUGUGUGGGGUGGGAGUUGGGUGGUGGUGAUGGAAUUACGGUGGGAGGAGGGGAGAACGGAGAGGGGAUGAAAAAUAUGGGGGCGGUGCCACCUUGCGGUAAUUAUAAAGGGCGCAACGCCCAAGUCUUCCUCCUUUUGAACUGAAAGCUCUGUCCCGUUGCAGGACGGUCAGGACACGCAGCCAGCCCCUCGACCAUCCUGCCACCAGGUAAAGUUACAGACGCAGCAGCAGCAGCAGCAGCAACAGCAGGCGGCAGUACAUUUUGUGCAUUUUGAUCGUCCUUCCCACGUGAUGCUUUGUUUUCUUUCCUGUGGGACAAGUCAACCUACAGCCAGCUGCAACUAAGAACCGCCCAGAAACGCGCGCUCGACACGGCUGGCACGUGCAUGCGGUCGACUCAGAUCACGCGUGUGACGUUGUGUGCGCGGAAGUGGGGAAGAAAGAGAACUGGAGAGAAAGAGCUGAGAUUAAAAACGGGCGAGAAGUAACCAUGGACGCUACAUGUUAGAAAGCUCUGGAUACGUCCCCCUGAGAUCUUGCUUCUAACGAUCAGACCUCCAGCCGCACCCGGCGAUACAGGAAGCUUGAGCAGAAACUUUCUCUUUCAGUUUUGCUGGCAGUGCUAGUCCUUUGCCAGGAUAGUUUUCGUUUCUCGCCUCUGCCCGAAUUGGAAAGACACUUUCCUGUACUUUUCACGAAUUCUUCGCUUUCCAUUUUUAACGAACUGCUUCAUACCUGAGUUAACCCAGACUUUCAUUGGUUGCUGUUCGUGAACUGCAUUUUAGAGCGAAGAUUUGAUGCUGUGACUUUCGGCGGCAUAGCUGAAUAAACAAAAAUCACUGUAUUUCACCAGAAAAGAAAGAUUGUCUUAUCCAUUUAGAAUGGCUUGCCGUGUGUUACAGGACAUGUGUUUUUUCGUGACGUUUUUGCACCUGGCUCUGUAUUUACCUGGCUGCCUGUCUUCUGUCUUGCGCGCUGGCGACAACGACAACCGAAGCAUCCUGUCCUAUGGAGCCGCCAGAACACGACGGGACAUCAGCAGUGGAGAAGCAACUUACCAGAAAGAGGAGAGCGACGACUUCGAGAAACGCUUGCGGGAUUUCAUAGGCAAGAGAGACAAUUCAGAGACAGACGUGCAGAAGCGACUCAGAGACUUUGUGGGCAAGCGCGACCCAGAAGCUGAUUUCGCAGGAAAGGAAGAUGGCUCCGCAGAAUUUCAGAAGCGUCGGCGAGAUUUCGUGGGGAAGCGAGGCUUCGAACAAAACAUGGAGAAGCGGCCGAGAGAUUUUGUGGGUAAGAGAGACCCUGUUGACGAUGACGCUAGUGACCUUCUGGAGGAAGACGUGGCCGAGAAACGAUUGAGAGACUUUGUGGGCAAACGAGACUCUGAAUUCGCGGCGCAGGUUCUCGGUACGACCAAAGGACAUCGCUAUCUUGGGGGUAAGAGGGAUGCUGAGAUAGACGUGGGCAGCCCCGAACUGUAUCCUGCUGCAGACAAACGCCUCAGAGAUUUCGUGGGAAAGAGGGGUUCUAUUCCCGUUUUCGCUGAUCACUCCAGUCUCUCAUUCGACAAAAGACCGAGAGAAUUCGUCGGUAAACGAUUUGCUGGAGUUGACUACCCAGAGCUCGAGAAACGUCUGCGGGACUUCAUUGGUAAGCGCUUCGCUGAAGAGGAUUUCUCGACUUACGAGAAACGUCUGCGGGACUUCAUUGGUAAACGCUUCGCUGACGAGGAUUUCCCGUCUUACGAUAAACGUCGGCGAGACUUCGUAGGCAAGCGGUUUGCUGACGAAGAUUUUCCGUCUUACGACAAACGACUAAGAGACUUUGUGGGCAAGCGCCUCGCUGACGAGGAUUUUCCGACUUACGAAAAACGAUUGCGGGAUUUUGUGGGCAAACGUCUCGCUGACGAGUUCCCGUCUUACGAGAAACGUCUGAGAGACUUUGUGGGCAAGCGUGAUUCGCAGGACGAAUACAAUUACGAAAAACGAUUGAGGGAUUUCGUUGGCAAGAGGACGGCUGAUUACCCGUAUGUUACAUACGACAAGAGACUGCGGGAUUUUGUGGGCAAACGCUACUCGCCUUACUCUGCUGAAGACUUUGCUGCCUACCCCAAACGUCUGCGGGACUUCGUGGGAAAACGAGCGUUUGCCGAAAGUGACUUUUUUCCGAACGCAGGACGAAUCCCAGAAGAAGGAGAAGAGAGAUCAUCGGACCCAGUGGCUGUUUCCCCGUACGUCAAACGUCUCAGAGACUUCGUGGGCAAACGGAACGUCAACACGGAGGGUGGUUUCCUGGGCGUCAACGGCUGGUGGCCAGAGGAAGCAGCCGACGAAGAGACCCCGACUGUCCUCGACAAACGACGGCGCGACUUCAUCGGCAAACGACGGAUCGGCGGUUACAGGGUUAAAAGGGUGCGGGAAUUCGUCGGCAAGCGAAGUGUGUCGCUACCCGGACCCUUACCUGUGAGCGAUACCACGCGCGUCUUUGGCGUCGAGGCUCCAGAACGCACUUCCGGUGGAGAGCCGAGGCCGUCACCUUCUGCGACCGCGGGCACAGCCGACGAAAGCCGAAAAUAGCCGACAACUAGUCCACCCGGAUGUUGAUCCCUGAGAUGAGGAGCUCUGAGUUGGGUCUUAGCAGUCACGUGCCAUGCCCAGGAAGAGAAGCUUGUAGAAGUCUAUAGCAGUGCAAUCCGUCCCGUGACCAUGGGACUUCACUCUCGUGGCCUCCCGUACACAAGGGUCUUGGAUACCUCACUGCUUUAUGUUCUCAUGUACACAUGCCUUCGGCAAUCUAGCUCAGACAAUAAACCGUGAAACCCAG